AUGGAGCCCAAGUUUAAACAGGAGAUUCAACAGAUGAUGUACAUUGCAGGAGAGACCCAGGACGUCUCCAUCCAGACCACCAAACUCAUUGAGGAAAUCAUCCGAGAUCAAGUCGUUCACAUGCUCAGAAUAGCCAACGACCUCGCCGCCCGCCGCGGCUCCCGCGUCUUCUCCAACAAUGACCUAAUCUUUCAAGUCCGCCACGACAAAGCCCGCGUCGAACGCCUCCGCAUCUUCCUCACCUGGAAAGCCAUCCGCAGAACCGUCAAAGACUCUGACGAAAAAGAAGGCCUCGUCGACGAAGCCGACCUAGAAGAAAACGUCGUCGCUCCCGCAGACGACGCCCCUGCCGGCGGCAAGGCCAAGUUGCCUACCGUCACACUCCCCUGGGACGCGGCGUCCUACUUUUCUGAACAAGUUACCGAGGCGAGCCAGGAGGAUCUGGUGGAGAUUACAAGCAACGAGGCCGCGCUCGAGAAGCUGAGGAGAAAUGAUGAGCGGACGAGGGAUAUGACUGUUGCCGAGUACGCGACGUGGUCAGAGUACCGUCAUGCGUCGCUGACCUACCGCAAGGCCAAGAGGUUUCGAGAGUGGUGUGGAUUGGGCGUGAUUGCAGAGAACAAGCCGAAUGAUGAUGUGAUGGAUAUUCUGGGGUUCCUGACAGGCACUUAA